UCGGGCGGGGUGGGGGCAGCCGGGCCGAGCCGAGCCGAGCCGGUCGAGGCGCCGCACCGCCGCCGGGAUGGGCAACACCGUGGCUCGGGAGGACUUCGAAUGGGUCUACACGGACCAGCCGCACGCCGACCGCCGCAGGGAGAUCCUGGCUAAACACCCAGAGAUAAAAGCAUUGAUGAAGCCGGACAGCAAUUUGAUCUGGGUUGUUGUGCUGAUGGUUCUUGCGCAGUUGACUGCAUUUUAUCUGGUGAAAGAUCUGGACUGGAAAUGGGUCAUCUUCUGGGCAUAUGUUUUUGGAAGCUGUAUUAGCCACUCCAUGACUUUAGCUAUUCAUGAGAUCUCCCACAAUAGUGCCUUUGGCAACAAGAAAGCAAUGUGGAAUCGGUGGUUUGGAAUAUUUGCCAACCUCCCUCUUGGUAUCCCAUACUCCAUAUCCUUCAAGAGAUACCACAUGGAUCACCAUCGUUAUUUAGGAGGUGAUGGAAUUGAUGUGGAUAUUCCUACCAACUUUGAAGGCUGGUUUUUCUGCACUCGUUUUAGGAAGUUCAUGUGGAUUGUUCUUCAGCCUCUCUUCUAUGCGAUUAGACCUCUCUGCAUCAACCCCAAACCAAUCACUCGCCUGGAAAUCAUCAACCUGUUGGCUCAGCUUUCUUUUGAUGUCAUGAUAUACUACUUAUGGGGAGUCAAAUCAGUUUGUUACAUGCUUGCAGGUUCAGUGCUUGGACUUGGGUUACACCCGAUUUCGGGACACUUCAUAGCUGAACAUUACAUGUUUUUAAAGGGACAUGAGACUUACUCCUAUUAUGGGCCACUUAACUUGCUCACUUUUAAUGUUGGCUAUCACAAUGAACACCAUGACUUUCCCAAUAUUCCUGGCAAGAGCCUUCCACUGGUGAAGAAAAUAGCAGCUGAAUACUAUGACAACCUGCCACAGUAUAACUCUUGGAUAAGAGUGCUUUAUGACUUCGUGAUGGAUGAUACAAUCAGCCCAUAUUCACGCAUGAAAAGGCAAUUAAAAGGUGAAGUGAAACAAGAUUAAACUUCCAGCAACCAAAAACCUUUGAAAUGUCCGCUUCCUUUAAAGCGGCUGGUACAAAGUCUCUUGUUAAAGAUGUUCACCUAUACCUGGAAUUAAGAUCUACAGCAACAUAGCAAUGCAUCCUUAAGGACUUGGCAACAAAGUAGACUACAACCAGCUGUAACAUUCCUAGCAGUCUUCAGAUUCAUUGUAUUAACAGAUAUAUGUUUGCCUAAGGAUCAGUGUUAUAUACAUAAUAUUAAAUCACUUUGUUACAGGAUUGUUUGGCAGGUGUUAAGUCUGAAAAAGUUUGACUCUUUAAAAUAGUAAAAAGUUCUCAGUGUAGUACACUGCCCACAAACAUGCUGUUAUUUAAUAACUGUGGUGUUAAAUAAUGUACUUAACCUGUUAAUUCUAAACUAAUUUGAUUUGUUAACUUAAGUCUUCUGUUAAAGUUGCUUUCUAAUUCAAGGGUGGGAGAACAAAACUUUGCACAGAAAUAUUUCAAACUGCCUUCUUUAAAAUGUGGUAUGUUGCUUAAAGCAUUACUUGAAUAUGUUCCACCUGUGCUACUGAAAGUACCUUAAAGGAGCAAUCCAUCACUUAGAAAACUGGCAUAUUCUAGAUGGUUUGUGUGACUCUGUAAAAGGGUAGGAAAUUCAGAGGCAUCUUUAACUUUGUGGGUCCCCACCUACUUCCUCAGCUGCAUGUGCUAGCAUACAGCUCUGCAGCAACUAGUACUUAGAAUUGUAUUGUGUAAGCCCACUAAGCAACUUACUGUUACUCAUUAGGAUUUUGCAUAGUGGAAAAAAUCUUGUUGCUAAGCUUUGAGGUUUCUUGUGAUCUGCAAAGAAAAAUGAGUAGGCUUGUCCUAGUUGGUUCUACUGUUACCAUGACUUCAAAUGAACUCAAAUAGUUGCUGCUUUUUUGGAAAUUUGGUUUGUGUGGGAAAACUUAAUCAACUGAAGCAGAUACUAUUCUGGUAAAACUAGCUGCCAACAGUUGUAGCUAGCAUUGUUUAGGCAUGUCAGUCAUUCGUGCAUGCAGAAUGGUGUUGCUAAAUGAUCUUGUUAAAUUUUUUUAAAUGUACAGUACUCUACAUAAACAUUGGUCUUGUAUAUUAGUAAGUGGCAAGAGCAAAGCUGUGAUACCACUGAAUUUCCUGUUAAAGCAGUCCUUAUAUUGGAACAAAAUGGAAAGACUUGCUGAGCUCUGAAGAAUCUGUGCAUAUGUUAGCCCGGUAUUCUUGCUCUCUGUUAGCCAAUACAUUGGCUUUAAGCUAUCAGACUAGUACAACUCCCCCUUAAAUAUUAAACUGAUUCUGUGGCAUGUUCUUCACGCUCCUAAGAGAUGGAGUCUGAAGGAACAACUGUUACCUGCGAUACUGCUCUACUGUAACUUAAUUUUUUAGAUGCUUAACUCUUGUAUUUCUUCACGUCUUAGAAGCUGAGUGCCAGAGAAUGUGUUACGACAUCCUAGCCUUUGCUUGAUUGCAGUUCUGUCUUUAAUGUGCUGCUGGGGCUCUUUGUUUAAAGCCUGGGCCCUUAUCUGUAGCUAAGCAAUAGAAAUGGUAUAUAGUCUCAUUAUGAAAGUGUCAGCCAAUCACUUCAUUAUUAUGCCAGUGACAUGGUAGCUAGCCAGCAUAUAUUGUUCAGGGGAGAUGUAAUGUCAAAAUACACUUUACCCAGUAUUUUUAAAAUCUAAUUAAAAGCAAAGAUUAAAAAGUAA